AGUCGGGCAGGAAAUCGCAACUUUGUUGAACGUAUUGUGAAAUUUAUAUGUUAAAUAUCAUUUAUACACAAUAAAAAUAUUUCCAGUAAAGAGCAAAUGUUGGUAUGCCUGACUGUCGUGUCUUUUGUGACCAAGGAACAGGCCCGUAUUAGCUCCAAUUUAGGACUCGGCUAAGAAAUAAUUUAAUUACAUUUCCCUGAUUACAUAUUAUAAUGUUGGGUGCAUUUAGUGUACCUUGUAGUUUCCAUGUUACCCAAAAAACUGUCACAAUUCUAAAACAUGUCAGAAGAUCUACUUCGCGUUUCAGAAGAGCGUCUAACGGAACCAGGUUCUCCUACCGGGGAUGCAGCCGAGACUGAACCGGAACCUGAACCAGAAGUAUAUAAACCAUUCAAAGUCUUUAUUAAUCACGUCGACAGUUACCAUUCAAAAUACAUCGCAGCUUACAUCACUGAUCAAAUUUAUGGGCUCGGGAAACUUGUGCGAGGUGGUGGUGGUGAAGCUCUCGGUGAAGCCGAAGAAGCACCAGUUAAACCACCGAUGGGAAAUUUGCCCACUGACAAAUACGAGUUUAUCGGUUCUAUAAGCGCGUCUUUAAAACAUGGGACUGAAGAUAUUCUUUAUAUCAUUGACGAGCAGAGCACGAAUUUCGAAGAAGACAUCUUGAGAUGUGGUUUUAUAAUUUAUGACAUUACACGAAUUCCGACCGAAAUAAGCAAAGCGCUUAAAACUUUGUCCAUUUUAACACAACAACUAGAAGAAGUAAAGGCUGUCGGUCCUAAAGCUUAUGAACACUUUAAUGAAAAGAAAACUUUUAUACUGAUAUCGACUGUUAUGACUUGGGCUAAGACAAAACCGUUAGAUCCUGACGAUCCAGAUCUUCCGUUUUCGGAAGUCGACUAUAGAAAGAGAAGGCCGCACCCGAAUUUUAAGGAUCACUACAACUGUGAAAAGGAAGUCAUAAAAAUCGGUCAAAAAUAUAGCAACAAAUUACAAACUUACGUUGUAUGCAGCGGUAUUACUUACGGUCAAGAAGAGGAUCUUCUGGAAUUUUUUUUCAAAAACGCGUGGUACAAUGAAGUCGUUCCGAUUUUUGACACCGGUAAUAACAAAAUUCCGUUUAUACACGUCGGAGACUUGGCUAGAGUUCUUCAUGGACUAAUGGAAAAUACUCCUGCGAAACCUCAAUACAUCCUUGCGGUAGAGCAGACCCCCACCACGUUAAGUCAGUUUGUUAAGACUCUCAGUAAAGUAUUAUCAGAUAACAAAGUUACCAACAUCAUUGCAGAAGAAGCGUUUCUUUACAAAAAUAUGACCCAAACCAUUUUCGACAGAUGUAUGGUUAAUCUUAACAUGGAACCUGUAUUUAUUGUGGAAAAUCUGCAACUGCAGUGGCAAAGCGAUCUAAAUAUCGCCGAAAACAUGAAUCAAGUAGUGCGCGAAUUCAAAACUACACGAAACUUAAAACCUGUGAAAAUCGUCAUCCACGGACCACCCGGGUGUGGCAAAACAAAAUUAGCGAAGCAGCUGUGCGAAUAUUACAACUGUAAAUAUGUUUCAAUUGCUACCAUGUUGGACGAUUUUAUACACAUUUGGAAGGAAAGUUUGAUUAAACCGAAAGCACCCAAACCCGAAGAAACUGAGUAUUUGGGUGAAGAACUAGAAGAAGAAGAUGAAGAAGAGGAAGAUCCUCAACUCAUUUUAGACCAAAUAAGAGAGACUGAAGUGUUUAUGGAAGGAGGGAUAAAUAAAAUACCCGAUACUUACAUCGCCGGUUUAUUAAAAACAUACUUGGCGAAGAAUUUUUGUCAAAAUCGAGGUUAUGUUCUUGACGAUUUUCCUCAAAUAACGGCACAAGCCAAAGAAUUAUUCGGCCAAACCCAAGAGCCAGCAGGUGAAGAAGAAGAAGUGGUGGAAGUGAUCGAACCUGGCAAGAUCUUGCCCGAUCUUAUUGUCAGUUUAGUAGCCACUGACGAAUAUAUCACGCAAAGCGUCAUGAAAUUACCAGAAGAAACAAUCAGAGACACUCGCAACUCUGAAGAAAAUCUUCUAGCAAGACUCGAGGUCUAUCGAGAAAACAACACUGACGAAAACACAGUUCUCAACUAUUUUGAUGAACUAGAAAUCGACAUUAUCCUUCUAGAAGUGAAUGCUGAGGAUGAUCAAGAACCAUUUAAUAUGAUAAUAGAAAAAUUAGGACCUCCUUGCAAUUUUGGCUUGUCGCCGGAAGAAGAGGAAGAACUGCGUCUGCUCUAUGAACAAGAACGAAAAUUAUCGCUCGAAAAAGCUGAAUUGAAUAGGCAACUGGAAGCGGACAGAGCAGAAACUGAGCGCAAGAAUAAAAUGGAGGCCUGGGCGGAAACAUUGGAGAAAUUACAAAUGGAAGAAGAGAAGAUUCUAGUUGCACAAAGCGAACCGCUGCGACAUUAUCUAAUGAAAUAUGUCUUCCCCAUUCUUACUAAAGGCUUGAUUGAGGUUGCUACGUUGAAACCUGAUGAUCCUGUAGACUACCUAGCCGAAUUCUUGUUUAGAGAAAAUCCGGAGGGGAAAAUGUUUGAUCCGUCGUAUACUGCGGAGUGUGAAGAUCUGUACAACGAGUUUAGAGGUUACAUUGAGAAGAUUAUUACGGACAAUGAGGCUUUUAAUAAAUAGAACAAUUUUUUCAAAUAGUAUAUUUAGUUUGUAUUAGUAUACAUAUUAUUAAA